GUUUGCGUUGAAGGCGGAGUUGAGUCUAUUAAAGUCCACAUUGAAACCGCGGAGGAGUCAGUAGUGGCUCUCGCUUUCACUGGAAUAAAGAGAGGUGUCUUUAUAUUUUCUUAACAGUACGAGCCUGAGUGUUUGGUUUGGACUUCAGUGGAAACCGGACUGUUUUCACCUGCGGUAACAGACGAACUAACCUCUGGAAGUGAUAGGUGCUGUAGAUAUCCAAAAAUGAAGCACCUGUCAUUAUUGUGCCUGUAUGCUCUGGUGAGCUUGUAUAGCCAUCAGGGUGUGUUGUCCCAGACUCCCUCCUAUGGUGAGCGGGGAUCAGAUCUUGGCAUGCAGGUGUUUCAGCAAGUAGCCCGCUCCAAGCCUCUGGAAAAUGUGUGUUUUUCACCCCAUGGAGUGGCUUCCAUCCUUGGCAUGCUGCUACCAGGAGCCAAUGGGGAAACCCGAAAACAGCUCCUCAAUGCACUCCGUUACAAGAAAAAUGGUCCUUAUAAGAUGUUGAGGAAGCUGCACAAGAGCUUGACGGCAAAGUCCAACCAGGAUAUAGUUUUAAUCGCCAAUGGCUUGUUCAGCCAGAAGGGUUUCCCCAUGGAGGACGCAUUUGUAGCCACCAACAAAGCCAACUUCCAAUGUGAGAGCAGGAACCUGGACUUUGCCAACAACCAGGAGGCAGCAGAAGAAAUCAAUGCUUGGGUCAACAAUAAGACCAAAGGUCACAUCCCCAGCCUGAUCAAAGCAGACAUGCUGGACCCGGCUCUGACCCGUCUGGUCGUUGUCAAUUCAAUCUACUUCAAAGGCUUAUGGAAGUCCCGCUUCCAGCCCGAGAACACCAAGAUGAGGCCCUUCAACGGCGGCAACGGGAAUGUAUAUAAGGUCCCGAUGAUGUCCCAGCUAUCUCUCUUCAACAUCGGCUUGGCCACCACGCCUAAUGGACUGAAAUAUAAGGUCAUCGAGCUGCCCUAUCACGGCAACACGAUCAGCAUGCUGAUUGUCCUUCCCAGCGAAGAGGACACACCUCUGUCCAGUGUGAUCCCACACAUCAGCACAGCCACGGUGCAGAGCUGGUCCAAAGUGAUGCACAUGAUGAAAGUCCGCCUGCUUAUUCCCAAGUUUUCUGCUGAUGCAGAGGUAGAUUUGGAAGCUCCCCUCGCAGCCCUGGGAAUAACGGACAUGUUCAACGAGGCCAAAGCUGACUUCAGAGGCCUGAGUGCCCACAAAGUCUGUGUAUCCAGAGCACUCCAGAAAGUCAAAAUAGUGGUGAAUGAAGAUGGAACAAAAGCAGCAGCUGCCACUACUGCCAUUUUGCUGGCUCGGUCCUCUCCACCUUGGGUUUCAGUGGACAGACCUUUCCUCUUCCUCAUCCGACAUAACCAAACAGGUACCAUUCUCUUUAUGGGCCAGAUCAACCAGCCUUGAGUCCAGCCAUCACUGGCCAGCCCCUGGUAGCGUCAUAGGCCAGCACAGGAAAUGCUUAUACACUGCCAUGCAUGAACACAUGAACACAUGAACACACACACACACACACAAACACGUGCGCACACACAUGCGCGCGCACACACACACACACAUACACACAACACACACUUUGCUGUAGACUUAUGUACAAUGUGGACAUUUGAUAUUAUUUGUUUUAAGUAUUGCUUUUUAUGUUACCCAUUUCCUAUAAUGCAUAACAUGCUUUAUAAAAGUGUUUUGCGGACUAAAUUUUCCAGCUGUUUUUAAUUUUUUUGUACACUUUAUUUUGAAUUAUGUUUUUAAAAGACUUUGAAUGUCAAUUGUGUAUUUUCUGAAGUCUGGAGUAGGAUAAUCAGUUUAUUUAUCAUGUCACUUUUUCGGUUCAAACGUUCUCCAUCUCAAGUCAUGACACUCCAGUCUUUCUUCAGUUUCUUCAAGUUAUGACAAUGUAACUCACACCUCAGCUGUUUGAAGGUGAUUGUUUCCCUCACUGAGGAAGUCUUCUGUUGUCAUGUUUGCUGCAUGUUUGAUAAA